AUGAUUGUUGCUUCGUGGAAUAUAAGAGGUUUUAACAUGCCUCUUAAGCACCAAGGGGUGCAGUAUUUUUUGCGCAAACGAAGUAUUGAUGUUUUGGCUAUUUUGGAGACCAAGCUUACUGCUCUCUUGGUUGAAAACAUUUUGAAACGUAAAUUUGGGGACUGGAAAUUCACACAUAAUCUGUCAUCUCAUUCUGCAGGUAGGAUUGUGAUCCUUUGGAGACCUCAAAAAGUGACUUUGAAUGUUUUACAAAGUUCUGCCCAGAUUAUUCACUGCAAUUUGUUAGACAAGAAUUCCGGGAAGAAUGUUUGCAUGUCUUUCGUAUAUGGUCUACAUUCUAUUACUGCUAGGAGAGCCUUGUGGUUAAACUUGUUGAGUAUUGGGGCUAAUAUGAACUCUCCAUGGCUAGUCUUUGGAGAUUUUAAUAGUAUCCUCUGCACUGCUGAUAGGGUCAAUGGUACUGCUGUCUCUACCUAUGAAAUCCGUGAUUUUCAAGAUUGCUGCCUUGAGUUUGGUCUUUCAAAUCUCAAUAGCCAUGGUUCCUACUUCUCUUGGACGAAUGGCCGGGUCUGGAGCAAGCUUGAUAGGGUGCUUUGCAACAAUCUUUGGUCCAAUGAUUUUCAAAGAUCUUCCUAUGAAGUUCCAGGCUUUGAAUCUAUUUUGGAUCACUCCCCAAUAAUUGUUUCUUCAGAUUCACACUUGGUGAGAGGUAAUGUUUCAUUUAAGUUCCAUAACUCUGUUACGGAUUUACCUUCUUUCUUGCCCACUGUUGCUGAAGGUUGGCAGAUGCAAGUGUCGGGUAAUAAGAUGUUUAUUAUCUGCAAGAAAUUGAAGGGUCUUAAGGUUCCUCUUAAGCAGCUUUACAUCAAAAACUUCAGCAAGAUUUCGGGCAGAAUUGAAAUGGCAGAAAUUGAAUAUAAUAAUGUUCUUCUUUCCCUUCAAUCCAAUCCAAAGGAGGCUUUUUUGCUUGGCUUAGCUGACAGGACAAGAAGGGACAUUAUUAGUCUUAGAAAGGCUGAGGUCUGUCAUAUUUCUCAGCUAAUGAAGAGCAAAUUCCUCAUAGAUGCUGAUAAAUGUUCAAAGUUUUUUCAUAGCUACAUUAACAGCAACAGGCACCACAAGUUCAUUGUUGCCAUCCAUUCUAUCGAUGGUAAUUCCCUCACAUCCCAGCAUGAUAUUGCUAAUGCUUUUGUCUCCCACUUCUCGGAUCUGUUAGGGGUUGAAAAACAUGUUGCUCCUACUUCCAAUAUUAUUUCCAGUAAUGGUCCCAAGGUGCCCCCUCAUUUCUUCGAUAUGUUAUUGGGCCCCAUUUCAAAAGAGGAUGUCUGGAAAAUAGUGGCUGCUUUUGAUGAUAAUAGAUCACCUGGACCUGAUGGGUUCAAUGCCAAAUUCUUUAAGGCAUCUUGGAAUAUCUUGGGUGAUGAUAUUUAUGCUGCCGUCCUGGAGUUUUUUUGCAUCAGGUAA